CGGGCCGGCAAUGGCGCGGCGGCGCUGAGGGCGCGGGGCGGGAGGCGGCCGGAGGGCGGCGCGGGAGAAAGCAGCGGCGGUGGCUCCAUGGCCCGGGCGCGCUGAGGGACGCGGCUCUCGCCUCAGCCCGGCGGCGGCGGCCGAACAAUGAAGCUCCUGAAACCGACCUGGGUCAACCACAAUGGCAAGCCAAUUUUUUCAGUUGAUAUUCACCCUGACGGGACCAAGUUCGCAACUGGAGGACAAGGACAGGAUUCUGGGAAGGUUGUGAUCUGGAAUAUGUCUCCAGUCCUCCAGGAGGAUGACGAGAAGGAUGAAAAUAUUCCCAAGAUGCUUUGCCAGAUGGACAAUCACUUAGCAUGUGUGAACUGUGUGCGGUGGUCAAACAGUGGGAUGUAUUUAGCUUCUGGGGGAGAUGACAAACUGAUUAUGGUGUGGAAGCGGGCUACGUACAUCGGCCCCAGCACCGUGUUUGGCUCCAGUGGUAAGCUUGCCAAUGUGGAGCAGUGGCGAUGUGUCUCUAUCCUCCGGAGUCACUCAGGCGAUGUGAUGGAUGUAGCAUGGUCUCCCCAUGAUGCCUGGCUGGCCUCGUGCAGCGUGGACAACACUGUCGUCAUCUGGAAUGCUGUGAAGUUCCCAGAAAUUCUAGCUACUCUGAGAGGCCAUUCUGGCUUGGUAAAGGGGUUAACUUGGGACCCUGUUGGUAAAUACAUUGCCUCUCAAGCUGAUGACCGCAGCCUAAAGGUAUGGAGAACGCUGGACUGGCAGUUGGAGACCAGCAUCACCAAGCCUUUUGAUGAGUGUGGAGGGACAACCCAUGUGUUGCGGCUCAGCUGGUCACCUGAUGGGCACUACCUGGUGUCUGCCCACGCCAUGAACAACUCUGGCCCCACUGCCCAGAUCAUUGAACGGGAGGGCUGGAAGACCAACAUGGACUUUGUCGGGCACCGGAAAGCUGUGACUGUCGUGAAAUUCAACCCAAAAAUCUUCAAAAAGAAGCAGAAGAAUGGGAGUUCUGCAAAGCCCAGCUGCCCAUAUUGCUGCUGUGCUGUUGGCAGCAAGGACCGUUCUCUCUCUGUCUGGCUCACGUGUCUGAAACGGCCUUUGGUUGUCAUCCAUGAGCUAUUCGACAAAUCCAUCAUGGAUAUUUCCUGGACUCUGAAUGGGCUGGGCAUCUUGGUGUGCUCCAUGGAUGGCUCUGUGGCAUUCCUAGAUUUCUCCCAGGAUGAGCUCGGAGACCCCUUGAGUGAGGAGGAGAAGAGCCGCAUUCACCAGUCCACAUAUGGCAAGAGCUUGGCCAUCAUGACUGAGGCCCAGCUCUCCACAGCCGUCAUUGAAAACCCAGAGAUGCUCAAAUACCAACGCAGGCAGCAACAACAGCAGCUGGAUCAGAAGAGUGCCUCGGCCAGAGAGACAAGCUCAGCUGCCUCAGUUGCUGGUGUCGUCAAUGGGGAAAGUCUGGAAGACAUUAGGAAGAAUCUUUUGAAGAAACAAGUUGAGACUCGGACAGCAGAUGGUCGCAGAAGAAUCACGCCUCUCUGCAUAGCACAGCUGGACACCGGGGACUUCUCCACGGCAUUCUUUAACAGCAUCCCACUCUCGGGCUCCCUGGCGGGCACCAUGCUCUCCUCUCAUAGCAAUCCACAGCUACUGCCCCUGGACUCCAAUACCCCCAACUCCUUUGGCGCCUCGAAGCCCUCCACAGAGCCUGUGGCUACAACUGGCGCCAGGCCGGCUGGUGAUACUGUCAGUAAGGACAGUGUGAAUGCUACCUCUACUCCUGCUGCAUCGUCACCCUCUGUGUUAACGACCCCGUCCAAGAUUGAACCCAUGAAAGCAUUUGACUCCAGAUUCACGGAGCGGUCCAAAGCCACUCCAGGUGCUCCUGCCUUGACCAGUGUGACUCCAACAGCUGUGGAAAGGUUGAAAGAGCAAAACCUUGUGAAAGAGCUGAGGCCCCGGGACCUCCUGGAGAGCAGCAGUGACAGCGACGAAAAAGUCCCUGUGGCCAAGCCUUCCUCGCUGUCCAAGCGAAAACUGGAGCUUGAGGUGGAAACGGUGGAAAAGAAGAAGAAAGGGCGGCCUCGGAAGGACUCUCGGCUCAUGCCUGUGUCUCUGUCUGUCCAGUCCCCAGCUGCCCUGACCGCAGAGAAGGACGCCGUGUGUUUGUCUGUACCAGCACCUGCACUGAAACUGCCCAUGCCAGGUCCCCAGAGAGCAUUCACUCUCCAGGUGAGCUCCGAUCCCUCCAUGUACAUUGAGGUGGAGAAUGAAGUGACUGCCGUGGGAGGUGUGAAGCUAAGUCGUUUGAAGUGUAACCGGGAAGGGAAGGAGUGGGAGACGGUACUCACCAGCCGGAUCCUCACUGCUGCCGGCAGCUGUGACGUGGUAUGUGUUGCCUGUGAAAAGAGGAUGCUGUCCGUGUUCUCCGCCUGUGGUCGCCGCCUCCUCCCUCCCAUCCUCCUGCCGUCCCCAAUCUCCACUUUGCACUGCACAGGCUCCUACGUCAUGGCGCUCACUGCUGCAGCCACGUUGUCUGUCUGGGAUGUUCACAGACAGGUGGUUGUGGUGAAAGAAGAAUCUCUACACUCCAUCUUGGCAGGAAGUGACAUGACAGUGUCACAGAUCUUGCUGACACAGCAUGGAAUCCCAGUGAUGAACCUGUCUGAUGGGAAGGCAUACUGCUUUAAUCCCUCGCUUUCUACAUGGAACCUGGUUUCUGACAAGCAGGACUCCCUGGCCCAGUGUGCGGACUUCAGGAGCAGCCUGCCUCCCCAGGACGCCAUGCUGUGCUCCGGACCUUUAGCCAUAGUCCAGGGCCGUGCCUCCACUUCAGGAAGACAGGCAGCCCGGCUCUUCUCCGUGCCUCAUGUAGUGCAGCAGGAGACCACCCUGGCCUACCUGGAGAAUCAGGUUGCGGCGGCACUCACCCUGCAGUCCAGCCAUGAGUACCGCCAUUGGCUCCUCCUCUACGCUCGGUACCUUGUGAACGAAGGGUUUGAAUACCGACUCCGAGAAAUAUGCAAGGACUUACUGGGUCCGGUUCACUACUCCACUGGAAGCCAGUGGGAGUCAACGGUAGUGGGUCUGAGGAAGAGAGAGCUGCUGAAGGAGCUGCUGCCAGUCAUCGGGCAGAAUCUCCGCUUUCAGCGCCUCUUUACCGAGUGUCAGGAGCAGCUCGACAUCCUGAGGGACAAGUAGCCUACCCAGGCCUUCCCUGGCUGCAACAAGGGCAGGGCCACACACUCGCCGCUGACAAUGCACAGGGCCACCUCUCACCUCGUCAGACUACAGAAGGACGAGGAGACACUGGCACAAGGUGGGCUGUCCUGUGCCAGCGCUGGCCCAGCUCCCUGGGCGGACUUCCCCCAUAUCCUGGGCCUGUUGCUCCCUCAGAGGGGGGCAGCUCUGCCCGCCACUCAUCCCUCCCUCCAGGACCCCUGUGCAGAGCUGGGGUUGGAGCCCUGCCCUGCUGCCCUGGGGUCAGUGAGGCACUCCCAGGCCUGCCGUUUCCAGCACGGGCCCGAGGUGGACACUAGUCCCUGCCACAGCAGGCAUCGUGCUGCUUCAGCUAUGACGAAUGAGCCAUUUGUGAAAGAGACCCCGGAAAUGUUAGUGUAUUAUGCAGUCAGUAGACUGACCCAAGACCUAGGUAAAAGGAAAGGCUAUUCCAACGUGGACUAUUUUUGUACUAGAAUUUGCUAACUUGUAAUAUGGAAUUUUCCUUUUGGCCAAUAAUCAGGAUUUCCCUAUAAGUCACUUGGACAUUGGUCACUUGUAGGAAAUUUAAACUCUAAUUAUGACAGCUACAUUGAAAAAUAAUUGUACUGAAAUUAACUUGUCUAUCUUCAUUUGGUUUUAAUUUUUAAAUGUUUGUAAAAAGAGACUGUUUUUUGGGGAAUGGGGCAGAGGGGUGGGCGAUUUCUUUUGUAAGUGUAAAAUAAAUGAACACGCAUUGGAUACCAAAUCA